UGAAACAUUGCCGCAACGUAUUCACAAAUAUGAGAGGUCUGAACAGGUCUGUGGUUACUCUUGGAAUGCUUGCAUACCUUGUGGGUCAUGCGAUCGCGUUGCCUGUUGAGGAUGGUGCGACAGAGACCACAGCGGAGGAACAAACGAUACUCGAUUCCACAGCAUCCGAAUCGACAACAUUAGAUCCCAGCACUGAAACGGAGCCCCAAGAAAUCGACACUACACUACCUGCCCCCGUUCUAUGCGAAGAGGGCGAGGAAUUCCUAGCAGCGCCUAAGUGUCAGCAGUACUAUCAAUGCUUGUAUGGGGAGGGAGUUUUAAAACUCUGUCCAUCAGGCCUCUACUGGGACCCUUCGCUAAAUGUUUGCGGCUGGGACUCACAGUACUGUGAGAAUAUCGACGUUCCCGCUGGAACCGAGUCGCCAGAUGACUGUUCAUCUGGCCUACCGUUUCUACCCUACCUUAGUAAAAUGGCUAUAUGUGCAUUGCUUUGAAUGACGUUUUUUUUCAACACGUGUUUUCUUGAUUUA